AUGCUGCAGGCUGAUGAGAGGAAGUGGAAGCAGUGUGACAGGUGCUGCAGACACGCUGAUAUGAUGGCCGGCAGCUUCAACAUCUUCAUCAUUUCCACUGUUUGUCUGAGCUUCAUCGUCCCGGCGAGCCACGGUUUUCAGGUGAUUCAGCCACCGACUCGGACCGUGAACCCAGACGGCUCAGCCACCAUCAGCUGUGAGCUCGCUGGAGACGUCUCCUCUCUGCAAGAUGUUCGACUCAACAGCUUAAUUUCACCAACAGACAAUCCCAGGCUGCUCUGCCAGAAGGGAAAGAGAUUCUGCCCGAACGUCACCAUGUAUGAAGAGAGUCCCAACAAGUGGAUUUUCGUCUUGCUCCACAUUGGACCAGAAGCCUUGAACAUGAAAUAUCAGUGUGAAUUCUCUGUGACUCAACAUGAUUUGGAUGAAAAGAAGACAGGAACCACACUGACCACACUACUGCCAGGUGAAAAGGGAGCGGUGUGCAUUCUCCCCACUCCUCCUCCUCCUCCUGCUCCUCCUGCUCCUCCUGCUCCUGAGUCCCAGCUGCUCAGGUGGAUCCCCAUCGCUCUGCUGGCUCUGACGCUCCUGUACAGCUGCAUCAUCACCUUCUUCUACAUGCGACUGAGGUGCAGCGCCACUGACCCUGAGAACUCAACAUAUGUGGAAAUGAGGAAAGCUCCUCGGCCGAGGGUUCCUCCUCAGGACAUCUACUGUGGGUAG